AUGGCGCAAAAGCGAGAGUGGAAUCAUUCCUUAUUUGACUGCUGCUCGCCUGGUUUACUUUGUUUUAAAACCUGCUGUCUACCAUGUCUGACCUAUGGUAAAACCCAGGCAAGGAUCCGUGAUCCGAGCCUGCAAUCAUUUAGUCAAAUCAACAGCUCGUGCUCCAUCUGGACAUUGCUCAGCUUAUUUGGCUCGCACUGGAUUCUCCAAACUGUUAGUCGUGGUGAAAUGCGUGAGCGAUAUGGUAUUGAAGGCUCUUGCUGCGGAGAUUGCUGCGUGAGUCUCUGCUGUGGCUGUUGUGCACUGAUCCAGGAGGAGAAGGAAGCCGAGCUACGCUCCAAGCCCGAGCUUGUUGGAUACAAGAUGCCAGGUGACAUGGCAUACCAAGGAGUGGAGUACUAA